UACAUUAGCUUUUAGAUCUCUCUUGAAGGGAGCUGCUAUGUUUUUGCCUGCUAGAGGUGGAAAUAACAGUUAAGGAACUCAAAGGGUGGAUUUUCAGCAGGGUCUCUCUCUCUCUUCCCCCCUUCCCUGAAUGAAUUCAGGGAAAGGCCUUUUAAAUGUUUGGUACAUUUUUCAGAUUUGCUGGACAUUAAGGAGAGAACUUAGGAUGUUAAUGGUCUCAGCUGAUUAUUAGGGGGGAAAUUAGAUGUCACACCACCAAGCUGCAGCCCAGACCAGGAAAGAAUGAAAGGUGGGAGAAGAGUCUUAAGCAGUUAAUUGAGUUGAAAACAUUGCAGGAGAAGACUGCUCUGAGAAUGCCUGUGUGACUGAAGAUGGUCUGUCGCUUACUAGAACCACAUCCCCCAAAACUGGUUCUUUACGGUUCUUUACAGGAAUGCCUGCAUCAACUAACCAAGUUCUGGUCCUCUGCUCCAUCAAUGCAGAAAAAACAGUAACAACAGUGGAAAAUUGGAAGUCCGAAUUUCAGCUUUCUUAGAAAGAACUGCGCCCCGACACAUCCUGUAAUAUUUAAAUAAGUGGAGAAAUAAAACCAGCAAGAUGUUGUGCUCAGAAAUGACAACGUUGACAUGAAGAAUAGGUAAUUUACAGUUCACCUCUUUUUUUUACCCCUUACCCCCCAGCCACCAGGAAAGCAGACCUCAUAAGAAAAAGUAGAAGGUGGAAGAAAGGGAUUACUUUUUUGUUGUUUUUAUUUAUUUUGCAUAUUGAGAUAUAUAUAUAUAAAUAUGGACCAAACUGUGCUCAAAGCUCUGGUGAGCUUACUCUGGAAUUGUUGGAUUCUAAUGGGUUCUGUGAAGGCAGGCAUAGGAGACAAUCACGUCCACUCCAGUUUCAUUUACAGGAGAUUGCGGAACCAUGAAAGAAGAGAGAUCCAGAGAGAAAUUCUCUCCAUCCUGGGUUUGCCUCACAGACCCAGGCCAUUUUCACCUGGAAAGCAAGCUUCCUCAGCACCCCUCUUCAUGCUCGACCUCUACAAUGCCAUGACAAAUGAAGAAGAUACUGAAGAACUGGAGUAUUCGCUCAGGGGAUCACUUGGCGGAGAGAGCAAAGGGCUGAGGAAGGGGUACCCAGCAUCUCCAAAUGGAUACUCUCGGAGAAUACACAUAUCUCGCACAACUCCGCUGACUACACGGAGCCCUCCCUUAGCUAGCCUGCAUGAUACCAACUUUCUGAAUGAUGCAGAUAUGGUCAUGAGCUUUGUCAAUUUAGUUGAAAGGGACAAGGACUUUUCCCACCAACGAAGGCAUUACAAAGAAUUUCGAUUUGACUUGACUCAGAUCCCUCACGGAGAGGCAGUGACGGCGGCUGAAUUCCGGAUUUACAAGGAUCGAAGUUACAGUCGAUUUGAAAAUGAAACCAUUAAGAUUAGCAUUUAUCAGAUAAUCAAGGAGUAUCCAAACAGGGACGCAGACCUGUUUCUGUUAGAUACAAGACGAGCUCAAGCGUUUGACAUUGGCUGGCUUGUGUUUGACAUCACCGUGACCAGCAAUCACUGGGUGAUUAAUCCACAGAAUAAUUUAGGAUUGCAGCUCUGUGCAGAAAUGAUGGAUGGUAGGAGUAUCAACGUGAAAUCUGCUGGCCUUAUAGGACGGCAUGGACCUCAGUCAAAACAGCCAUUCAUGGUUGCUUUCUUCAAAGCAAGCAAAGUCCUUUUUCGAUCUGUCCGAGCUGCCAACAACAAAAAGAAAAAUCAGAACCGCAACAAAUCCAGCACUCCGCAAGAUUCCUCAAGAAUGCAGAGUGUUGGGGAUUAUAACACAAGUGAGCAGAAACAAGCCUGUAAAAAACAUGAACUGUACGUGAGCUUCAGAGACCUAGGCUGGCAGGAUUGGAUUAUAGCUCCAGAGGGUUACGCUGCCUUUUAUUGUGAUGGAGAAUGCUCCUUUCCUCUCAAUGCACACAUGAAUGCAACAAAUCAUGCCAUAGUGCAGACUCUGGUCCAUUUGAUGUUCCCUGAUCAUGUCCCUAAGCCUUGCUGUGCCCCAACGAAACUGAAUGCAAUCUCUGUGCUCUAUUUUGAUGACAGUUCAAAUGUUAUUUUGAAAAAGUACAGAAACAUGGUGGUGCGAUCAUGUGGUUGCCACUAGAAUCGGUUUGUAAAAAAGAAGAUUCUCAAUAAUAUCUUUUUUCCUUAAUUAUAGUAAAGGUGAUAGAAUGCCUUUUUUAAGGAAACGAGGACCUUAAACAACUUAUUCCAGUUUAUGCCAUUUUUCAUUCAUGUACAGUAUUAUGUACAUAGUAGCAUUAAUUUAUUUAAAGGUAUAUAGUUUCUUUUGUAUGAAUGAUAUUGCAAACGCUUUAUUAUAUUAGUAUGUACUAGAAUAUUGAAGGCAGAUUUUCAGCUAAUCAUGCUGAGAUUUAUUUCAUUUUUUAAAAAAGCCUUUGUAUAGUUCUCUCUCUUUAACUCAGAAACCCCAGAACUCCCGUGACUGUUUUAUAUUGUUAAAGGAAAUUGAAUACAUUUGGCUACAUUGUGCCAAUGAAAACUCUGGCGGGCUAUUUAUUUAGAAAAGGCACUGAGGAAAGGCUGAAAAAGAGAGAGAGAGAAAAUGCUUAGCUAAAAACAGUUCUCCUUUUAGAAGUUCUACUCCAUUAGAUAAAGAAAAACGCUGAACCGUGUUUAAAUAAAUAAAUGGCAGUUUAAAUGCAGGGGCUGAAAGAUUGCACAUAAUUGUCAAAGCUAUUUUCUUUAGCAGAAGGAGUGUAACCAUAGGAGCUAUGUUACCUCUAUUUGCUUGUGGGGUUGCAAAUUUUUCUGAAGUCAUUAAGCUUUUGGGGGUUGCUUGUUGCCUGGGUCCAUAGCUUUUGAAGUUACGGGAGCAGGGCAGGGUGGAAUGUAGAACAACCUUCUUACCUCAAGUAAAUACUAUUGGUCUAUUAAACUAUAACGCAACUGCGAUGGAUUUGUUUGUGUUUAUCGACCAAAACAAAACACAUGAGCCAGUGAGUGAGUUAAUGAAAUGGAGAAUAAGCAGAGAAUAACCCCCCUGCCCCAAAUGCCCUCAAACCAGUCCUCAAAGAGCAUUAUUUAAGUUAAGAAGAAUGCUCAUUUACUUAUUUCUUGGAUUACUUAAUCUCACCUUCAAGCAUUAUUUAAUAGGAUUUGUGUCUGUGACGGGGAAGUGAGGGUGCCCACUGUUGCAGAAAAAUGUGGUCAGCUGUAUGGCGUUUCAGAAAAAUUACUUUAUCUCACUUACAAAUAACAUUUAUUCCUGUUUUUAAAAUAUCUUUCAAAAAUCUGUUGAAAUACUAAACAAUUACUUCUGUUAGAUUUCUUUUUGACACCCCCCCCAUUCCAGCUGCUUUUAACUAUGUUUUUAAUUUACCACAAAGCCUUACUUAGUUAAACUGCAGUUCAUGUACUGUAAUGCAUUUUAAUAUAGGUAUCUUUUAUGACUUGCUGUUUUGAAGAGAAAUCAUGAAGGUUAAAAUUAAUCUGAGAAGCAUUUAAAAAGGAAAUGGAUUUGCCUGUGAUUUAGAUAGAUUAAAGGUUGUGGUUAUUUGGAACUGAAUUUAUUUUAAAUAAAGUUUGAAAAGUGUAUUUUGGGUACAUUAAGUAAUAUAUUUUUGAAUAAAGGUGUACCAUUUUGAGUGUAUGAAAUUGAAGAUUAUAUUAUUCUUUGAAAUGUUCUGUUGAAAUACAAGUCUAUAUUUUAAGAUCUAAUAAAUCUGAAACCUUUGUUUGCUC